AUGCCGCAGGCAUCUCGUGCAGAAUGCCCUUCCAGAAAUAUCGUUAACGACCUCAGCGGCUCCGACUCCGACUCCGACUUGGACACCGAUACGUCGGCCGACUUGGCAUUCUACCCAGCCUACACGUUCCAGGCCUCGGCGACCUGGUUCAGAUGGGUCAAACUCACCGCCCACGACAUCCACUGUGUCCUUGAACCUCAUCACAAAUAUGCCGCCGACAUCACGACCUCUUCCCUCGGGCCUGGGCUACCUGAUCACCGGGGAUCUGGUGGCGGCGGUCGAGACGAUGCGCCGUUGUUGCUUUUCUACCUAAACCACCCUAUACAAUUCGUACAAGUGAUUGGCGUGGUUGUGGUGGUGGAGGAAUAUUUUGAGAAAUUCUGGCUGUUUACCGUCGAUGAUGGCAGUGGUGCGACUAUUGAUGUAAGGUGUCGGAAGCCAGAGAAAGAGGAUGCGCGCGAGCAGAAUGAUGUGGUCAACUCCACCAAAUCAGACAAACAGAGUGGCAGUACCAGGAUCCCGUCCAACGCAGGAAAAGAGAUUCGUCACGAUAUGCUCAAUGCCAUCUCAAACAAAGACAGAGAUGGACACAAUAUAACCACCACGUCCACAUCCUCCUCCGCCGACAAAUCUAAGUCAACAAUUGCCCAUGCUCAGCCUCAACCACAGUCUCAACUUGACACAGCUGACACAGACGAACUGACCGAAGACCAAAUCCUCCACAAGACCGUCCAAGCCCUCCAAAUCGGCACCGUCGUCCAAGCCAAAGGCACGAUCUCGACCUUCCGCUCCACGCGCCAGCUGACGCUCUUACGCCUCACCAUUGUUCCGGACACGACGCACGAGAUGGCGCUGAUAUCUUCGCGCACGUCCUUUAUGAAGUUAACACUUUGCAAGCCCUGGGUCUUGUCGGCCGCGGACCAGAAGAGGCUGUACCGUGAGGCUCAGGACGACAGACAGCAGGGGAACCGGCAGGCCGCGAAGAGGAGGGAGAGGCGGCUCAAAAUGGAGGAGAGGGAGAAGAGGCAUGCGAGAUCCAUACGGGAGCAAUACGAAGCGGAAGAGAGGCAGAGGGCCAAAGCCGCAGAGGCGGCAAGGAGGGCGGGAGUUGCGUUACAGGAUGAUGCUACCACACAAUGA